AUGGCGGCGUCUCUUCUGCAAUAUCUCUUCACCAAUCCGGUCUCGGAUAUAAUAAGAGACCGUCAAAUCAUAGAGAUUCAUGAUCGCUGUAUUAAUGUGAAUCUGAGGUCUUCGGAGGUGCCUGAGAUACUGAGAAGUGAUUUGUUCAUUUCACCUUACCCUACUCUUACCGUGCUUCAGCAGGCCUAUGUCUCGGCAAAAGAAAGCUGCUCUGCAACGCUUGUCAAUACUUUUGCCGAGCUCGAAGCAGAGUAUGUUCGGUAUGUAGAAGAAUCCACGGGUAAGCCCGUUUGGGGUGUAGCCCAUCCAUUACACAGACCCCAACAUGGGAUCAACAAUGAGUUGGAGUGCAUCCGUUGGCUGGACACCCAGAAGCAUAACUCAGUCCUCGACGUCUCCUUUGGAUCUCAGGCCUUUCUUUCGGAAGACCAAACGAAAGUUCUCGCAAGGGGCAUUGCAGCCAGUAAGCAGCGUUUCGUUUGGACGAUUAAAGAUCUAGUUGGAAGCAACGUUAAUUCCUGUGAUUUUCUUCCCGAGGAUUUCAUGGAAGAAUCCAUGGGUGGGUCCCUCAGCUGCUCAUUCUUUCACAUCCUUCGACUGCAGUUUUCAUGA